AUGCAGUCACUGUGCUUUGUUGUCCCAUGUGUUAUCAGCUUCUUUGUCAUGGUGUUUUCAAAUGGCUUUUGCCUUGCUGAUACAAAUAUGCAAACGAGUUCUCAAUGUUCCGAAGCUGAAUAUUCUGUGAAUGAAGAUACAUUCCAAACCAAUCUUAGAAGUUUAUUGGAUUCAUUAGCUUCUAAUGUGGUCCAACAUCAUGGUUUUUACCAAACCAUUGUAGGAAAAAAGGCCAACAAGGUUUAUGGUACAAUAUUAUGUAGAGGGGACAUAUCUGCUGACAAUUGCUCUGAUUGCACCCAUAAUUCCACCAGAGUGGCCUCAAAUGAUUGUCCUAAGAGCAGAGAUGUUUCAAUUUGGUUUAGAUGGUGUUUCCUACGCUAUUCAAAUGAGAGUUUCUUUGGAUUUAUGCAACCAACAGCUGUGGCAAUCACAAAUGAUACUGAUUUUGAAGACCCAUCUGUGGUUUCACAAGGGCUUCCCUUCAUGAGUGAAUUAGCUUCUAUAACUCCAGAGAAGUCAUUCAUGUUCCAUACAGCAGUACUGAACGCCAGCCAAAGUGGGAAGAGGUAUGGUAUGGCUCAAUGCACAAGGGAUAUCAGUAUGCUGGACUGCAGAAGGUGCUUGGAUGCUCAGUUGGUCAAUUUCAGAACUGUCAUUGGAAACAAAAGAAGAUGGGAAAUUUAUGGAUCUAAUUGUUUCAUGUGGUACAAUGACUACCAGUUUUAUUCUAAUGCCUCUACUCUUCUAAGUGCUGCUUGGAGAUCCUCUUCUUGCACAAGAUUAAUAACUGGCAUAGCGGUUGCGGUCAUGGCAGCCUUUUCUAUUGACCAACAAAAUCCUUUGGGAAUUCAAAGUCUUCAAAGAUGGUAUCCUCCCCCUUUGAACCACAUGAAACUUAAUAUAGAUGGAGCUGUCUCUCAGGUUCAUGGAAGUGCUAGCUGUGGUGGUUUAAUCAGAAACUGCCAAGGCCAUGUUAUAGCUGGAUUUUACAGUUUUACAGGGGCAUUGCAUUAUGCUCUCCUAUAG